AUGGCUAAGAUUCAAAGCUCUAAACACAUAAUAAUUGUUUUCUUGAGUUGUUCAAUAAUUCUGAAUCUCUUCAUGUUCAUUAAUCUGUUUACGCAUGGAGAAAUGGAAGCAAGGAAUAAUUGGACCAAAAGAGCAGUAGAAGAAGCUGAAGCUGUUGCCUCUAUUUCAUGCUCAGGCCAUGGAAGGGCUUUCUUGGAUGGUUUAUUAGGCGUUGAUGGUAAACCCAUUUGCGAAUGCAAUGCUUGCUUUCAAGGUCCUGAUUGCUCUCACCUUAUUCCAAAUUGUGAACUGGACGCCGACAGUGGAGAUCCAAUGUUCUUAGAGCCGUUCUGGUUAAAACAUGCAGCGAGCAGCAGUGUUAUGGUGCCUGGAUGGCAUCGUAUGAGCUAUGAGUUCAAUGAUGGUUCUUUAAUCUCAAAGGAGCUUAAGUCUCAGAUCCUCAAACUCCACUCUUUUGUUGGUAAUGCAAAUACCAGUGGAAGAUACAUUAUUUUUGGAGCAGGAGCUACUCAUCUACUUAAUGCUGCUGUGCAUGCUCUCUCUUAUUCUUCUUCUUCUUCUUCUUCACCGGCUAGGGUUGUUGCUUCGGUCCCCUAUUACCCAGUUUAUAAGGACCAAACAGAGUUUUUCCAAUCUGAAAAUUACAAGUUCGAUAGAGACACUUUGUCUUCAAAACAGAAAAGGGAUUUUUCAUCAAGCAAUUAUAUUGAGUUUGUGACCUCCCCAAAUAAUCCUGAUGGUCAAUUGAAGAAGGCAGUUCUUGAAGGAGCAUCAGUGAAAACAAUUUAUGAUCUUGCCUAUUAUUGGCCUCAUUUUACGGCCAUCUCAACUCCAGCAGAUGAAGACCUCAUGAUAUUUACACUUUCCAAGGUUACUGGUCAUGCUGGCACUAGAUUUGGAUGGGCAAUAAUAAAGGAUGAAGCCGUGUACCAAAGGAUGGUAGAAUAUAUGAGUCUAAGUACGUAUGGUGUACCAAGAGAAACGCAGUUAAGAGUUCUGAAACUUUUGAAGGUAGUUGUUGAAGGAAAAGGAAAUGGAAUUUUUGAAUUUGGAUUCAAAACAAUGAGAGAUCGGUGGAGAAAAUUGAGCAACAUCUUGUCAAUGUCAACACGUUUUUCUCUCCAAGAGCUUCACCACAAUCACUGUUCCUUUUACAAGAAAAUUAAAACACCUUCUCCAGCUUUUGCAUGGCUAAAGUGUGAAAGAGAAGAAGAUAAAGAUUGUCUCGAAGUUUUAAAAUCAGAAGCCAAAAUCACUGGCCGGCAUGGAAGCUUAUUUGGUGCUGAAAGCAACUAUGUAAGACUUAGUCUCGUCAAGAGCCAAGACCAUUUUGAUUUACUGCUUCAACGGAUGGAGACAUUAGUUCAUCAAGAA